AUGCUUGAACGUGAUAAUAAUCAUUUAGCUCCAUCUAGUAAUUUUGGUAGUUGCAAUUAUGAGGAAAUCGAGUGCGACAACUUAUCUACCAACGAAGCAGGCCCGAGUGACGCAGUCGAGCCCAAGUCAGCAAUUGACGUUGCUCUUGAACUUAUUGCCCAGGAAGAACUCGAAGCAAUAAAUGCGGCCAGAAUUGCCGCCUUGAAUAAGCCAAAACCUCGUGGUCGCCCGCCUCUUUCUCGGAAAGCUGCCGAAAAUACUGCCACCCCCACAAAAUCGAAGCCGGAUUUACCAGAAAAGCAAAUAUCCAUACAGCACAAAGAAGUUGAACCCUCGCAGAAAGCCGUUUCGAACACUCCCAUCGUGAAUGGAAUGAAUGGAAUCGACCAGUCUUCUGCAAGUUUGCCUCUUCCAAUUUUAAAAGACCACCUCGAAGUUGAAGCUGCCGCGCGAAUUGAACCACAGUCUAUGGAGGUUUCGUUGUUCGGAACAGACAAUUGCGAACCUGAGACUACCAAUUUCCACAAAAUGGUCUUGCUCAACUAUGGCAGUGUAGACGGUCGUCUAGAAGAUGACGAAGAUGAAGACGAUGAAGAAGAGGAGAAAGAUGUCAAGGAUGCUGGCGGGCAGUGGAACAACUCUAAAGAAUCGUCAUUGCCCCGUAAGGAAUCUCCACCAAAAAAAGGAUCUCGAAAAAACGAAGAGAUCUCGUCUGAGAUCACUAAUCAUAACGAGUCGGCAACAACUGCCUCUGUGACGCCUUCAGAUAGUAGUUUCCUUACGGUCAAGGAUGUGAAGGAUACCCCAACUAGUAUGGAAACUGAUGAAGUAGAUAGGCCUGCUACUUCGUCAUCUUCCAGAAAACGUCGCACACACGAGAAGAAAAGCAGAGGGAGGCCCAGAAAAAGCAGAGACGCUCCCUCUCCAGUAAAGACAGGAAGACCACGUGGACGUCCACGAAAGAAUGGAAGCGAUCCCGUACCAAGAGUUGAACGUAAAUCAAUUGAGAAGUUCAAAAUCAGAAACGGCAGAUCGGAAAGCCGAAAGGAAGGGAUCUUCGAGCAACCGGGAUAACCAUAACUACUUUUCCAAACGCGGAUCUUCCGCUAGUUCCAAUGCUGUGGAUGACAUGGCGAGUGCUGAGGAACCUGAGAGUUCAGCUGAUGAAGUCAGUCCCGAGCGUGGAUAUGAUAGCAAUUCUGA